AUGUCGCAGCCAACCAUCUCCCAAGGCCGUAAGGGUGAGCAGGCGGGAGAGCAGGCGAACGCAAAAAAAGGCGGUGGGCGUCGAAAGCGAGGUGGUAAGAAAGCACAAUGCGCCACCGAGGAACGGCGCAAGCUCCCAGAUGGCUUCACCGCGGACAUUCUAGGUGAGAAUGACGACGGUACGGAAACGUCCGCCGAUCCGAACGGCUAUGCGGUCGAUAAUGUGGCGCAUGGUGAACAGGCGGUGUUUGGUGUGGCGAAUGAUGACGGUUCAUAUCGCGACGAGACGUAUGGCGAGAAGGUGGUUGGUGAAGCGGACAAAGGCGAAGCGGACGGAGGCGAAGCGGACGAAGGGGAGGCGGACGAAGGGGAAGCGGACGAAGGGGAAUCGGACGAAGGUGAAGCGGACGAAAGCGAAGCGGACGAAGGCGACGCUGACGAAGGCGAAGCGGACGAAGGGGAAGCGGAAGAAGGCGAAGCGGACGAAGGCGAAUCGGACGAAGGCGAAGCGGACGAAGGCGAGGAGGGGGAAGGCGAGGAGGGGGAAGGUGAAGGGGCGGAAGGCGGAGAGGCGGAAGGCGUAGGAGCUGUUGGCGAGGAGGCAGAAGGCGAAGGGGCGGAAGGUGGGGAGUGGGAUGGCGAAGAGGGGGAAGGCGAAGAGGGGGGAGGCGAAGAGGGGGAAGGCGAGGAGGGGGAAGGCGAAGAGGGGGAAGGCGAGGAGGUGGAAGGCGAAGAGGGGGAAGGCAAUGAGGGGGAAGGCGAAGAGGGGGAAGGCAAAGAGGGGGAAGGCGAAGAGGGGGAAGGCGAAGAGGGGGAAGGCGAAGAGGGGGAAGGCGAAGAGGGGGAAAGCAUAGGGGCUGUAGAUGGGGCCGGAGAGGAGGUGGAAGGCGAGCAGGUGGAAGGAGAGGAGGCGGAUGGGGUCCAGGCAGAUGGCGACAAUGUGGGCGAAGGCCUGUCCGAUUACUCCAAUUUUAGUGCAGAGGAGAGAACUAAUGGGCGGCGGACACGCGUACAAGCACUCAGCCGCGGGUCGACGCUGGAUGAGGAUGAAGAAGCUGCACGAGUGGUGAAGAAAGGGCGGUUUAUGAUUCUGGGGGCCGCACCGGAUGAUACGCAACAGUGCGGUAAUGGGCGUGGCGGAGAAGCAAAGGAUAAACAAGGAGGGCAGACCGUGAAAGGGGCAUUGGCGGCGGCGAAGCCACCCACGAAGCGCAGGACGGUGAAGAAUUCUGGUGUGGGUCCGCCAACCACCAUCGAGCGAUUCAACCUUGGGGGGGGAGGGGGGAAGCUGCCCCAGCUACAGGUCACCCAGCGGGCAACUACUAGUGCGAUGCAAGUGGGAGCAGCAGCAGCUCCUGUGGGUAUGACUGUUGCGAGGGUGGGAGGAGCAGCGUCAACAGGAGGGAGGGUGGGAGCAGCAGCAGCAUCAACUGGGGUGAGGGUGGGAGCAGCAGCAGCGUCAACGGGAGGGAGGGUGGGAGCAGCAGCAGCAUCAACUGGGGUGAGGGUGGGAGGAGCAGCAGCGGCAUCUACUGGAGGGAGGGUGGGAGCAGCAGCGGCAUCGACUGGAGGGAGGGUGGGAGGAGCAGCGGCAUCGACUGGAGGGAGGGUUGGAGGAGCAGCAGCAUCGACUGGAGGGAGGGUGGGAGGAGCAGCGGCAUCGACUGGAGGGAGGGUGGGAGGAGCAGCGGCAUCGACUGGAGGGAGGGUAGGAGCAGCAGCGGCAUCGACUGGAGGGAGGGUGGGAGGAGCAGCGGCAUCGACUGAAGGGAGGGUGGGAGCAGCAGCAGCAUCGACUGGAGGGAGGGUGGGAGCAACAGCAGUGUCAACGGGAGGGAGGGUGGGAGCAGCAGCAGCAUCAACUGGGGUGAGGGUGGGAGGAGCAGCAGCGGCAUCGACUGGAGGGAGGGUGGGAGCAGCAGCGGCAUCGACUGGAGGGAGGGUGGGAGGAGCAGCGGCAUCGACUGGAGGGAGGGUGGGAGGAGCAGCGGCAUCGACUGGAGGGAGGGUGGGAGGAGCAGCGGCAUCGACUGGAGGGAGGGUGGGAGGAGCAGCGGCAUCGACUGGAGGGAUGGUGGGAGCAGCAGCGGCAUCGACUGGAGGGAGGGUGGGAGCAGCAGCAGCAUCUACUGGAGUUUUCAGGCCCAGGGGUACCACUACUGUAAGGACGCUGCCUCCAGGGCCCACGGCUUUGGCUGCCGUAUCAACCAGGGUGGCGCAGACGCAGUGGGUAUCACGAGCGGAGUUUGCGGCGCUUAGGAAGGAGAUACUCCAACAGUUUGAGAGCCUCAGGGCUCAAGGAGUCGCGGUUCCUGCUCAAGGACUUGCGUCGCAGGGCAGCGACGCAACAACAGGCGUUCCUCGCCCUCCAAGUCGGAGUGCCGGACAAAUCGCUCUGGAAAUGGUGAUCGUCGAUGCUGGAGACUGGAAGUGCUCUCCCUUCCUGCCUUGUCUCGCUGCUCCUCUGCACUCACCAUGCCAUGCCCUGUAA